AUGGAGCCGACCCUUUUCGCCACCAUUUUGAUCUGCGUUUUUACUACAUUAAUCCUUGUGAUUGUCAAGUUAAGGAAAAAUGAGUACAAGCCCGCGAAAAAACUUCCACUCCCGCCAGGGUCGUUGGGAAUACCAGUGAUAGGGCAGAGCCUGCAACUCCUGUGGGCGAUGAGAUCAAACACAGGGGAGAAAUGGCUGGAACAGAGGAUUCGCAAGUACGGCCCAGUCUCGAAACUGAGCCUGUUCGGGAACCCCAGCGUGUUCAUCCACGGCCAGGCCGCGAACAAGCUGGUGUUCUCCGGCGACGGAAGCGCCCUGGCGAGCAGCCAGACGAAGUCGGUGAGGAUGGUGCUUGGAGCGCAGAACUUGCUGGAGCUGCGAGGGGACGACCACAAGAGAGUCAGGGGAGCCAUGGUUUCGUUCUUGAAGGCAGAGUCGCUCAAGCAGUAUGUGGGGAAGAUGGACCAGGAGGUCAGGUUGCACAUUCAGACUCAUUGGAAAGGGAAGCACGAGGUUCAGGUUCUGCCGUUGAUGAAGGUGCUGACAUUCGACAUAAUCUGCACCAUUCUUUUUGGGGUGGAAAGAGGAAGCAGCAGGAGGGCAAAGCUGGUGCAGUACUUCCAGGACAUGAUACAGGGGAUUUGGGCCGUCCCAAUCAAUCUGCCCUUCACCCGUUACAACCGCAGCAUCAGCUCUAGCUCCAAAGUUGAUGAUAUAGUGAAUGACCUCAUCGCAGAGAAAAGAGCCCAACUCCAGCACGGCGCCGGCGGUCCACGGGACCUCAUCACCUCGUUGGUAGACAUGAACAACAGCCAGGCCAUCAGCGACGGCGAGAUCAUCGACAACAUCAAGCUGGUCAUGACGGCCGGCCACGACACUUCCUCUGUGGUCAUCACCCUCGUUAUGCGCCUUCUGUCCAACCAACCCUCUGUCUGCGCAGCUGUUCUAAAAGAGCAGGAAGAUAUAGCCAAGAGCAAGAGUGAAGGAGAAACCCUAACGUGGGAGGAUCUUGGGAAAAUGAAGUACACAUGGAGGGUAGCACAAGAGACCAUGAGGAUGUUCCCUCCAAUUUUCGGCGGCUUCAGGAAUGCUCUAAAAGACAUCGAGUUUGAAGGCUACCUCAUCCCCAAAGGAUGGCAGGUAUUCUGGGCUACGGGAUUGACUCACAUGGACCAGACAAUAUUCCCAGAACCGGAGAGAUUCGACCCGACGAGAUUCGAGAACACGACCUCAGUCCCACCAUACUGCUACAUACCAUUUGGAGGAGGUGCUCGGAUAUGUCCAGGAUAUGAGUUUGCCAAGGUUGAAAUCCUGGUCGCUAUCCAUUACAUUGUCACUCAGUUUACCUGGAAGAUGUGUGCUGAUAAUCGGUUUAGCCGAGAUCCAAUGCCGGUUCCGACCAAGGGGCUGCCUAUCAAAAUCGAGCCCAGGAACAGAAACAUCGGUCUCUAA